AUGAGAUAUGUCAUUUGGAACUGGAAUCAAAUGCCCAAAUUUGCUGGGUUGCAAAGAUCGGAAGAGCUGCAGACUUCGUUGGAUGAAUUACUUGAGACCCAAUAUAAGGCGAGGAAACUUCACCAGGGAAGAAGAGGAAACCAUAAUCCAACUGCAAAAGAAGCUGGGGAAUCGAUGUAUCGGCAACUUCAGAAAACAGUUCCAGCGUUGAGGAGAAUUCGUGUGAUCACCAGGGAAGAAGAGGAAACCAUAAUCCAACUGCAAAAGAAGCUGGGGAAUCGAUGGUCAGCUAUAGCAGCAAGGCUUCCUCAAAGAACAGACAACUAUAUUAAAAACUACUGGAACACUCCCUUGAAGAAAAGAUCAGUAAUAUCGGAGAACAACAACUCAGUAUCGGCAACUUCAGAAAACAGUUCCAGCGUUGAGGAGAAUUCGUGUGACGCUGAGUUCUCGAACUUGCUGAAUACUCAUGCAAUGGACAAGUUCCCAGAACCAUUCUCCUACUGUGCUACUUUCUCUUCAUCAGGCUGCCACCAAUCUGUUGAAGUUGACGACACUUAUAUUUCAUCUGAAAACUAUUGGGGAAUACAGAGUUUUGUGGAGCAGCCACUGAUGACAGAAGGUUUCGAUUGUGAAGCAUUGUGGCACAGUCACCCUCAACACUACUAUGAUUAUCUGGACGAUUUCUUGGUCAAUCCAUUAGUUUGUUAA